CUGUUAGCAUGAAGUUAGCAUGAAUAAACCCUCCAUGUGAUGUGAUGAGAGUCUGGAGAGCAGCAGAGACAGUCUACAGCGGGUUUAAAUGUGUGUCCUCUCAGUAAAGACAGUCUCCAGGCGGGCUGUGACACAGUUUAACUCUGAAUUAUUGUUCUUUUCCUACAAAACAAACCGGAUUUAAAGCGCUCUGCUCUGAUGUAGCAGCUUAAAUCAACUGGAUGCUGACAGUCACUUGGGUGGGGCUGACUCGGAUGACAGUACAGAGGAGUGGAGCUCAGGAGGAAUAAAACCAGCACAGGAUCAGCUGCAAAGCACUGAGAGCUGAGGCUGGUUGGCUGGUUGGCUGGUGGGUGAAAGCCAUGAUGACAAAGCCCGAGUCGAAGAAAAGCACCGUGGCAGCAGCGAUCAACGCUACCGGCAAGUGCGCAACAUCCGCCGCCUCCGAGCAGGUGAAAAACGGCUCUGUGGAGCCGGCUUGUCCGGAGCAGAGCUCGCAUACCAGAGCUAAUGUGAUGAAGCAGUCUUCCAGGGAGAGCAUGCAUAGGAGACAUACGGAGUGUGAAGUCUAUGACGACGGGACCAACACCUUUUUCUGGCGAGCCCAUACUGUGACAGUGCUGUUCAUUCUGACCUGUGCUCUAGUCUACGUCACGCUGUUGGAAGAGACCCCCCAGGACACGACCUACAACACUAAGAGGGGGAUUGUGGCAAGCAUCCUGGUGUUCCUCUGUUUUGGAGUGACGCAAGCCAAAGAUGGACCCUUCACCCGACCACAUCCAGCAUACUGGAGGUUCUGGCUUUGUGUCACUGUUGUCUACGAGCUGUUCCUCAUCUUCAUCCUGUUCCAGACGGUGCAUGAUGGACGACAGUUCAUGAAGUACAUUGACCCCAAGCUUGGGGUCCCCCUCCCUGAGCGCGACUAUGGCGGAAACUGCCUCAUGUACGACCCAGGCAACACCACCGACCCCUUCCACAACAUCUGGGACAAGAUGGAUGGUUUUGUUCCAGCUCACUUCCUGGGAUGGUAUAUCAAGACUCUGAUGAUUCGGGAUUGGUGGAUGUGUAUGAUAAUCAGUGUCAUGUUUGAGUUCCUGGAAUACAGUCUGGAGCACCAGUUACCUAACUUCUCGGAGUGCUGGUGGGACCAUUGGAUCAUGGAUGUGUUGGUGUGUAACGGUAUGGGGAUCUACUGUGGCAUGAAGACCCUGGGCUGGUUAUCAAUGAAGCCCUACCAGUGGCAGGGCCUGUGGAACAUUCCUACAUACAAGGGGAAGAUAAAGCGCAUCGCGUUCCAGUUCACUCCGUACAGUUGGGUGAAGUUUGAGUGGAAGCCUGCUUCGAACCUUCGUCGCUGGCUCGCUGUGUUAGGCAUCAUCUUUAUGUUCCUCCUGGCAGAGCUCAACACCUUCUACCUGAAGUUUGUGUUGUGGAUGCCUCCCGAGCACUACCUGGUGCUGCUCCGCUUGGUCUUUUUUGUCAACGUGGGAGGCGUAGCCAUGAGGGAAAUCUACGACUUCAUGGACGACCCGAGGUUCUACAGGAAGCUGGGCCAGCAGGCGUGGCUGGUGGCAGCAAUCACAGUAACGGAGUUCCUCAUAGUGGUCAAGUACGACCCCAGGACCAUCAUGCUGCCCAUCCCCUUCGUCGUUACGCAGUGCUGGUUCUUAGGACUCCUCCUCAUCUUUACCUGGACCCUGUGGCGGUUUUUCAUCCGUGACAUCACACUUCGUUACAAAGAGACCCGUCGACGCAAACAGGAAGUCCCCACGGACCGGGAGCGCCCCCUAGGCAACGGCAGCACGGUCACCCCCUCCGGGCGGAGCAAACUCAACGGCAGCUCCGAGACGGUGCGUCAGAGGAAGUCCUGAGGGAGGAACGUCACUGGUAACCGGUCAGUCAGCGGCAGCAACAACUGAAGGGGGAAGGACAAAAGGGUUGACGGGGGAAAAGGAGAAGACUGAAAAAGAGACGCGACACAAAGACACAUGUAGAGGCAAACAGAUGGACACAUGCUGUGUAGACUUUUUUUGUGCCUACAUGAACCGAGUAGUCAUUCAACAGAGAGGAGGGGUUGGAAGGGGCAACAUUCAUUCGGUGCAUUGUCUAGUUAUUGUCUUACUACAGGGAUUUACCUCAUUCUAAUUUUUAAGAGCGUUUUGGGGAAUUAUAGACAGGACAAGAUACAUGUUUGUGUUAUUUAUACAUUAGUUUGGAUGUUGGGUGAUCAGGGGAAAUAAAGAAAACACGGACUCAAAGUAGGGGCUGUCAAAAUUAGCCAAAAAAAUGAUGUGUAAAUAUUCUUUCUAAAAAAAAAAAGCACAUAGGUUAGAACAAUUAGAAUAUUUAUUUGUUGCGCAUUAUGUCCACAACAGCGUGUCCUAACUGGCAGAGAGAAAGGCAGCACUGCACAGCGCGCCGUUUUCAGCUGAACUUUUGUUGGAUUUAUUCCCAUCGCUCGCUUUGAAAGGCCGCAGUGGACGAGGGAACGGCUGAUUGGUGAAGCUAGAAUGAGGAGUUAUCUAUCUACGAUAACUCCUCAUUUCACUAGAAAAGCCUAAAUGAGGUGUCAGCUGGCUGGAGGGAGAUCGCCUGAACGUAUCCUACUAUUGCUGUUGGCUAUAUUGUAUGUCUUUUUUAGUUAAUAUCACAAUAUAAGACAUGUGUUUCCUGUUUAAAAAGUAUAAACGUCGGAUGAUAGCAAGUACUACUA